CCGUAGCUCUGAGAAGCAAAAUCAGAGGCAAUUUUGUGGUCGUUUUAGUUUGUCUGCAUUGCCUGCAAAUUUGAUUUUAACAGCGAUAAACCCAUUUCCAUUUGCUACUUCAAUUCUCUCCUCUUCUCAUUCCACUUUCCUCAAUGUUCCACAACAACAAUAGCCUCAGCGUCUCGAUCCCCGUCUCCGACGACGAACCCGAUGAACUGGGUCGGAUGCGUGUGCGCGCGCGGCGGAAACGGAAGAAACUCACCCACCGUCGGUUCCUCCGGAAGCUUCUUGUCAGAUACUGGAUGCUACUCAUCAUCAUCCCCACCGCGUGUUUGCUCUUCUUCGAGGCCUCCAGAAUCGCUCGGAAGCCUAGUUUCAAUGUCAACUCCGAUAUACAAACACGCACGCCAGUUGAUCGAUCUAGUCCCCCAUUGAGGAAGGAGACACACAGCAACCUCAAUCGCCUUGAUCCUACUACCCAUGUUGUUGCUGGUGUCAGAGAACGUUGUUUGAAGCUCCUGCCACCUGAAAAACUUGAUCAACUGGAUAUUCCGGUGGAAGAAGAAUCUAGAUUGCCUGUUGGUAAAGUUCUAUACAUGUCAGAGAGUGAUCUGUCUAUUCCGGGAGGGAAUGCUACAUUGUCUCAACUGCGUGCUGAAGACACAAGAUUUAAUUUAUUUACUGGAAAUCAAACGUUUGAGCAGAGAGAUCGAAGUUUUGAGGUGAAAGAAACAAUGAUGGUACAUUGUGGGUUCUACAGUGAGAAUGGAGGGUUUAAGAUAUCUGAUGAAGAUCGAAGUUACAUGCAAGAAUGCAAAGUUGCGGUAUCUACUUGUGCGUUUGGUGGCGGUGAUGAUCUCUAUCAACCAAUUGGAAUGUCUGAGGCUUCGCUGAAGAAGGUUUGCUAUGUAGCAUUCUGGGAUGAAAUCACCCAAAAAGCGCAGGAAUUAGUGGAGCGCAGAAUUGGCGAAGAUGGAUUUAUUGGAAAAUGGCGUGUUGUUGUCGUCCGGGAUCUUCCUUUUGCUGAUCAAAGGCUGAAUGGUAAAAUCCCCAAGAUGUUAAGCCAUCGUCUUUUUCCUCAAGCAAAAUACUCUAUUUGGGUAGACUCCAAGUCCCAAUUUCGGAGGGAUCCAUUAGGUGUGCUAGAAGCACUCAUUUGGCGCACAGAUUCUAUACUGGCCAUAUCAGAACAUGGAGCUCGUAGUAGUGUCUAUGAUGAGUCCAAGGCUGUUGUCAAGAAAAACAAAGCCAAGCCGGAGGAAGUUGAAGUGCAACUGAAUCAAUACAGAAAAGAUGGCUUGCCUGAAGACAAGAGAUUUAAUGGAAAGAAAGCUCUAUGUGAAGCCUCUGUUAUCGUGAGGAAGCAUACACCAAUAACUAAUCUAUUGAUGUGCACCUGGUUCAAUGAGGUGGUUCGCUUCACUUCUAGGGAUCAGCUCAGCUUCCCAUAUGUCUUGUGGCGUCUGAACGCAUUCAAAAGCAUCAAUAUGUUCCCUGUCUGCACCCGCAAGGAUCUUGUCAAUAGCAUGGGCCAUAUCCGAAAGGCCAAACCACUGCAAAGCUGAUUUAGUUAAAUUGGUUGAAGAGAUGCUUACCUGCAUUUACCUAACCAUUAUUAUUCCAUUAGUUUCAUUAGCCAAUAUGAAUCAGUCAAUCAGGUAUAUGUGUUGUUUUUCUAACCCCACCCCAUUUCUCUUAACCUGUGUACAUGAUAAUUUGUAUUUUGUUUACUGGGAGCUCUUGGAUUAGAUCAUUCCAGAAAAGAUCUAGUUGAUGGAAGGGUCAAAUCAUACAAACAAGAGAUUUUGCUUUUGAUCUGUUUCAACACAUAAUUUUUUUUAAUAAACUAAUGUUUUCAUAAAA